UACAUUUUAUAGGAGUAUUAAAGUCCGUGCCGCGUCCCCGUCCCCCGAUGUAUAUACAUAUGUAAAAGGCAUAAUCCAGGCAGCAAAGCAGUGUUUGCAAAAUGAUUACUGUUCCAGCAGCUUCUGCUUACUACUACUCCUCCUCUUGUUAUAAUCCUCAUCCAAAUCAUAAUGGUGACAGCAAAUCCAAGCUACCUGGAGGAUUAUAUAAAAUCAAUGUUGAGGCUAGCAGCGCAAGCAGAAGAGGAAAAUCCAGGACUCAGCAUCAUCAUCAGCUUAACGCUCUCGUACUGGGCCAGGCUCCUGCUUCUGAGCAAGAUGAUCUUUGUCUUCCUAGUCAUGAUUUCUCGUCUCAAGCUCUCGUCCCCUCUUUUCACAAGUAUAUGGACAUGUACAAGAGGUCAGUGGAGGACCCAGCUGGGUUUUGGUCUGAUAUUGCAGCUCAAUUUUACUGGAAAUCGAGAUGGGAUCCUGCUGUCUGCUCUGGGAAUCUUGAUGUUAGGAAAGGCAAUGUCAACAUUAAGUGGUUCGAGGGUGGUAUUACCAAUAUAUGUUACAACUGCUUGGAUAAAAACAUUGAGUUGGGGAAUGGAGACAAAAUUGCAAUUUAUUGGGAGGGAAACGAGCCUGGUGCGGAUGCCUCUUUGACAUACACGCAGCUUCUCCAAAGGGUUUGCCAGCUUGCUAAUUACUUGAAAGAUAUCGGUGUCAGAAAGGGUGAUGCUGUUUUAAUUUACUUGCCCAUGUUAGCAGAGUUACCAAUUGCUAUGCUUGCAUGUGCUCGAAUCGGUGCAGUCCACUCGGUUGUUUUUGCUGGAUUCUCUGCUGAAUCUGUUGCCCAAAGAAUAAAUGAUUGCAAACCGAAGGUAAUGAUAACUUGCAAUGCUGUCAUGCGGGGGUCUAAGCUGAUAAAUCUCAAACAAAUUGUUGACGCUGCACUCGCAGAAUCAUCCCAGCAUGGGUUUUCUUUAGGUGUAUGCUUGACCUAUGAAAAUAAACCAGCAAUGAAGAGAGAAGCUACUGGAUGGCAAGUGGGAAGAGAUGUCUGGUGGCAGGAUGUUGUGCCUAAAUAUCCAACUAUGUCCGAAGUGGAGUGGGUUGACGCGGAAGAUCCACUUUUUCUGCUCUAUACCAGUGGGAGCACAGGAAAGCCAAAGGGUGUACUGCAUACUACAGGAGGCUACAUGGUAUACAGUGCAACAACAUUUAAGUACGCCUUUGAUUAUAAACCGGAAGACGUUUACUGGUGUACUGCUGAUUGUGGUUGGAUUACUGGGCACAGUUAUGUUACUUAUGGACCUAUGCUUAAUGGAGCAACAGUAGUUGUCUUUGAAGGGGCUCCAAAUUAUCCAGAUCCUGGGCGCUCCUGGGCAAUCGUUGACAAGUACAAGGUGACAUUACUUUAUACUGCCCCCACACUGGUGCGGUCUCUUAUGCGCGAGGGAAAUGAGCAUGUUACUCGUUAUUCGCGCAAAUCUUUACGUGUUCUUGGAAGUGUUGGUGAGCCCAUCAAUCCAAGUGCAUGGAGGUGGUUUUAUAAUGUGAUUGGAGACUCCAGGUGCCCAAUAUCUGAUACUUGGUGGCAAACAGAGACAGGUGGCUUCAUGAUUACUCCCCUACCAGGUGCUUGGCCACAGAAGCCUGGUUCUGCUACAUUUCCCUUUUUUGGCAUUCAGCCAGUCAUAGUUGAUGACAAGGGUAAUGAACUUGAAGGCGAGUGUACCGGAUAUCUGUGCAUUAAAGGUUCAUGGCCUGGGGCAUUCCGAACUCUUUAUGGUGAUCAUGAAAGAUAUGAAACUGCGUACUUCAAGCCCUUCCCUGGAUAUUAUUUUAGCGGUGAUGGAUGCAGCAGAGAUAAGGAUGGAUACUACUGGCUUACCGGAAGAGUUGAUGAUGUUAUUAAUGUUAGUGGGCAUCGAAUCGGCACUGCAGAAGUUGAAUCUGCACUACUUUCUCACUAUCAAUGUACUGAAGCUGCUGUAGUUGGUGUUGAGCAUGAGGUCAAAGGACAGGGAAUAUAUGCAUUUGUCACUCUAGCGGAGGGUGUUCCAUACAGCGAGGAGCUUCGUAAAAGUUUAAUACUUGCAGUAAGAAAACAGAUUGGAGCAUUUGCAGCUCCGGACAAGAUCCACUGGGCACCUGGACUUCCAAAAACUAGAAGUGGAAAGAUCAUGAGAAGAAUCCUCAGGAAAAUUGCAUCAAAACAGUGGGACGAGCUUGGGGACACAAGUACACUAGCGGAACCAAAUGUAGUUGAUCAGCUUAUUGCAUUGGCUGAUCAUUAAGAUUCCUGAUUUAUUGAUAAACACUCCAAGAUUAUCUAGUUCCACAAAAACUAAAGCAAGGCAGGUUAGGUGGAAACCAGAAGAUGCUAUAUCAAUAUUCCAGUCCCCCCUGUGAGAUUAUCAUUCAACUUUUCCAGAUUAUGACGAAAACCAUAGAAAUGCAAUGGUCAACUGAAUCACCGGAUCCGUUUGGAUUUGGUAUCAAGUUUUCCAGUGAUUAUAUAGUGUCAUCACCAGAUAACAAACGAGGCACUCACAUUAUGAGUGGAAAAAGUAUGAAUAAUAUCAAAUAAACAUAAGAUUGUGAUGUAUAUCAAUUUUAAAAUUUUUUA